AUCUGAAGUUCGGGGUUAUGGCCUUUAAAGCUGCGGUCUGUGUUCGGGGGCUUCGGACGCGGCCACAGCUAGCAGUUUACACAUGCCAGAGAGAAGUGUGCUGGGCAAGGGAUACCCAGCUUCGUGACAGUAUCAUUUUACAGAGAUGAUGAGAGCCUUGGGAUACCCUCGACAUAUUUCUAUGGAAAAUUUCCGCACACCAAAUUUUGGACUUGUAUCUGAAGUUCUUCUCUGGCUUGUGAAAAGGUAUGAACCUCAGACUGACAUACUUUCUGAUGUUGAGACGGAACAAGACCGAGUUUUCUUUAUUAAGGCAGUUGCCCAGUUCAUGGCCACAAAAGCACAUAUAAAACUCAAUACUAAGAAGCUUUAUCAAGCAGACGGGUAUGCAGUGAAAGAACUAUUGAAGAUCACCUCUGUCCUUUAUAAUGCUAUGAAGACCAAAGGGAUGGAGAACUCUAAAAUAGGAGAGGACGAUAUCAGCAAAUUCAAGUUUGAUCUUGGCUCAAAGAUUGCAGAUUUGAAAGCUGCCAGGCAGCUUGCUUCUGAAAUCACCUACAAAGGAGCAUCCCUGUAUGACUUGCUGGGCAAGGAGGUAGAGUUGAGGGAACUGAGAACAGAAGCAAUUGCUAGACCUCUGGAAAUAAACGAGACUGAAAAAGUGAUGAGAAUUGCAAUAAAAGAUAUUUUGGCUCAGGUUCAGAAGACGAAAGACCUGCUCAAUAACGUGGCCUCUGACGAAGCUAAUUUAGAAGCCAAAAUUGAAAAGAGGAAAUUAGAACUGGAAAGAAACCGGAAGCGACUCCAGACUCUGCAGAGUGUCAGGCCAGCCUUUAUGGAUGAAUAUGAGAAGAUUGAGGAAGAAUUGCAAAAGCAGUAUGACAUUUAUCUGGAGAAAUUUCGAAAUCUAGCUUAUCUGGAACAGCAACUCGAGGAUCAUCAUAGGAUGGAGCAAGAGAGGUUUGAGGAAGCCGAAAAUACUCUCCGUCUGAUGCAGAACAAGCUGAAGGAAGAAGAAAAGCGACUACUCAAGAGUGGAAGUCAGCCAGGAGAGCCCGAAGCUGCCCUAAGUGAUAAGACCGCAUGGAAUUUAUCCCCUCCUGGGAGGCCUGGCACAGGUAAUGAUGACUCGGACAUCGACAUCCAGGAGGAUGAUGAAUCUGACAGUGAACUGGAAGAGAGACGGCUGUCCAAGCCACGGACAGCCAUGGAGGUGCUCAUGCAAGGAAGACCUAGCAAACACAUCGUGGGCACAAUGCAAGGUGGAGACUCCGAUGAUGAUGAAGACUCGGAGGACAGUGAAAUUGACAUGGAAGAUGAUGAAGAAGACGACGACGACUUGGAAGACGAGAGCAUUGCUCUCUCUCCAGCUAAAUCUAGUCGAAGGGUCCGGAAACCUGAGCCCCUGGAAGAGAGUGACAAUGACUUCUGACUUUCUUGCCAAGGGACCCAUGCAGAUUAAAACCCUCAGAUUUGUAGGUAAAUGGGAAUUUAGAAGGUUAGAAAGGAAGCAUAUUUUGUUUACUAAGUCAGUUGGACUUACUGUUACUGAAGUAUUACCUGUUUUUUGCUUUAGCCUCCUAUGUGUUACUCCAUGAAGCUUAAACAAGAACCAGAGCAAACUCCAAAGAUGAUUUUUUUUUUGCCUUAUCUCCCAAAAGUGGGAAAUAUGUGUGUGCUUAGUGAUUCACAUCCACAGGACAAAAACUUGAGGAGAAAUAAGUUUCUAUGUAAGUUUGAUUAUUGUUGUUGUCACAUAUGUCCUCUAAGAGUCAGUGGGACAAACCUGAGGCUGGCACUGCACACAAGGACUCAUUUUAGGAAUUAGUGCCAGACUAUUAGUCACUUGUACAAUUUAGAGGCUUUUAAUUCUAGCUUUUAUUUCAUUUUAUAGUCUUUUUUCCUGCAUGUUCACAAUACCAAGCUUUAAAUGCAUUUUACUAAAAUUUUCUGAAUGAAAGUUAGCUAAGUUAGAUGAAAAUCAACUUUCUUUGAAAAUCAGGCAACAGAAGAUCCUCCAGAUUAUAAAUUCUCCAUUUUUUUUCUCAGAAGGCCAGCAUUCCUUCUUAGGAAAGUUGACUUAAAAAAUAAACCAGAAUUGAAAUAGGUAGAGUAACACUAGAAUUUUCCUAUUAUGAAAAGACAAGUGAAAGAUAGGUGGCAUUUUUUGUUUUGUUUUUUGGGAAGCACAGAACAGUUUUUAUUGUUUUUCAGUUAUAAAGUCAUAAGACUUCUGAAGUUACUUCUCUUAAUAAAUGUUUUUAAUACCAUAUUUUUAUAUUAUUAAAUAAAUUUUACUUGAA